CAUCCUUUGGCAAUUGGGGGUUUAAUUUAGAACGCGGCUCAGAGUGUCUUCAGAAAUGGAAUCUAAUCCCGGAAAACACUGAUAUUUUAAUAACACAUACCCCACCAGUCGGACACGGAGAUUUAGUGUGUUCGGGAAUAAGGGCUGGUUGUGUUGAACUCUUAACAACUGUCCAGGAGAGAGUUAAACCGAAAUAUCACAUUUUUGGGCAUAUUCAUGAAGGUUAUGGAGUGUCAUCUGAUGGUAAAAUUAUUUAUAUUAAUGCUUCAACGUGUGAUAUAAACUACAUGCCUAAUAAUUUACCUAUUGUUUUUGAUUAUCCCAUCCCUGAGGGAUUUUCAAAGAAUUAGGAACUCAAUAGACUUGAUAGGAUUAGUAUAAAACGAUAUUAUCGGCCACACUUUAGAGGAUAGGAUUAUAAAAAUAAAUCUGCACAAUGUCUUCUAAAACGGAAUUAACCACGUUAACAGAAGAAAAUCUUUAUAAACAACCUGAAGAGAUCUUCGAUGUCAUUCAAAAAAUCGGUGAGGGUUCUUUCGGAAGUGUUUACAAAUCAAUUCAUAAAGAAACCAAUCAAAUAUUGGCGAUUAAACAGGUUGCCGUUGAUAGUGAUCUUCAAGAAAUCAUCAAGGAAAUUUCAAUAAUGCAACAAUGUCAUUCGCCGUACAUCGUAAAAUAUUACGGAAGUUUUUUUAAAGAUACAACAUUAUGGAUUGUUAUGGAAUAUUGUAGUUUGGGUUCAGUUUCUGAUAUAAUCAAAUUGCGUAAAAAAACUUUAACGGAAGAUGAAAUUGCUUGUAUUUUAUCGGACGUACUUAAAGGAUUGGAAUAUUUACAUAGAAAAAAAAUGAUUCAUCGUGAUAUAAAAGCGGGAAACGUUCUUUUAAACUCAGAGGGACACGCAAAAUUAGCAGAUUUUGGAAUAACGGCUCAAUUAACACAUAACAUCACGAAAUGCAACACAAUGAUUGGAACACCUUAUUGGAUGGCCCCCGAAGUUAUUUUAGAAAUCGGAUAUGAUUCUUUAGCUGAUAUUUGGAGUUUAGGAGUGACAGCCUUAGAAAUGGCUGAAGGUAAACCACCAUACGCCGAUAUCCAUCCAAUGAGGGCCCUUUUUAUGAUUCCAACAAGACCGCCACCAUCAUUUCAAGAAUUAGAUAAGUGGAGUGCCCCUUUUAUCGAUUUUGUUAGUGUAUGUUUAGUAAAAAAUCGCGUUGAACGUGCAAAAGCAACAGAUUUAAGAUAUCACGAAUUUAUAAUGACCGGUAAAGGACCUAACGUACUUAGUGAGAUAAUUUCCGACGUAAAUUCCAUUAAAAAUAAACAAAGUAAUAAUGUGAGUAAAAGUAGUGAAGAAAAUAAUAAAAAAAAUGUCGGUAAAGAUGAUGAUACGUUAAAAGACGUGUGUUGUGGAAAGAGUGAUGAACAAUUUGGGCAAAGUAUGAAUACGACCAAAAUUAAUCUCACCAAUGGGAAACAAUACGGUAGUAGAGGAAGUAAAGAAUUGGGGAAGGAAGUUCACGAGUUGGGAACAAGCAAUUUCGAUAAUAUGGCCAUGUCAAUUUCAGACUUUUUCGAUUUCAAAGUUUUAAGUGUAUUAAAUUACGAUGAGUUACAACAGUUAAUGAUGAAGUUGGAUACGGAGAUGGAAAAGGAAAUCAAUGAGUUAAGAGAACGGUAUUUACUAAAGGAGAAACCCAUUUUAGAUGCCAUCAAUGGAAAAAGAAAUAGACAACAAAACUUUUAAGAAAUUAGGUUAAUUUUAUUCUUGAG